AUGCUUAACACGACGCCAAUUAACCUGGAAAAAUGGUUGCAGGAGAAUGGACAUUUAUUGCAACCACCGGUAAAUAACUAUUGUCUCCACAGAGGUGGUUUUACCGUUAUGAUUAUCGGUGGGCCCAACGAACGGACGGAUUACCAUGUAAAUCCGACGCCGGAAUGGUUUCACCAGAAGAAGGGCUUUAUGACACUGCGUGUGGUAGAUGAGAGCUUGGAAGGGGAGGAAAGAUUUAAGGAUGUGCAAAUUAACGAGGGCGACUCGUACUUGUUACCAGCUAACGUUCCGCACAACCCGGUCCGUUACGCAGACACUGUAGGGAUCGUGGUUGAACAGGAUAGACCUGAGGGUCAGCACGACAAGUUGCGUUGGUAUUGCUCCAAGUGUAAGGAAGUUGUAUGCGAGUUCGAUUUUCAAAUGCGUGACCUUGGUACUCAGGUAAAAGAGGGUAUCGAGACCUUUGACAGCGAUAUCAAAUAUCGCAUUUGUAAGAAUUGCGGAACGGAAAACUUUUCUAAGCCGCAGUGA